CUGGAGGCGCAGUGGGCAGUACACUGGAGUCACGACAGAGUUUCCACUCUGAAAGCGGUAGCUCACAGCUCAGCAACACUCUGAGACCCAGUGUACGUUCCGACAAUUCACAGGGUGGUGGGGGCUCCGUGACAAGCGGACAGCCAGGCGGGAUGAAAAGCGACAGCAGUGCGGGUCGAAAGAGCGACGGAAGUGGCGGCACCAAUGUGAAAAAUAUGGCAUCAACAAUUUCCGGACUCACACUCAACUAUAAAUCUCACACCAAGAUGCUUUUGUACUACUACAGUUUACAAGUUUUGUUCUCCAGUAAUUAUAUUUGUUCCUUUCAAAAAAACGUAAGCGUCUAUGAGAUUAGACUCGGCACAUCACAAUUUCAACGUGUGUUGAUGACUUUUCAUCUGCUGAUUUAUAAAAGAAACUCUUCCUGCUCUAAGUACGGUGAUGGAAGCGGGCCAGGAAAGUCUGAUGGUAGCCGCAACAAGUCAGACGGAAGCUAUCCCGAGCGAUCCGAUGGAAGCCAGCACACUGACGAUAGCCAUGCGCACUCCUUCGGGUCCAAAGGCUCGCACCCGUCGCGGAGCAGCGGCACCGGUGGCAGUGGCGGCGGAAACACGAGUAGCG